GGCGAUUAGUGAUGACGUAAUCAGCACCGCUUCGGGCUCUACCGACUGGCAGAGGCUGAAAACCUGCAGGAUACCGGUGAAUUGCGGAAGAAGACAAUGUCUAUGAAGAAGACAAGAGGACCUUUGCAGAACGUCAUAAAAGUGACAGACGACUUGAAGCGUCAGUUUGACGAUUUACUUAAGGAGACUUUACAAAAAGAUGUUUUGGAGCCCAGAAUUGGACAAGAUGUCUAUGAAAGAUGUGUUCACCUUAAGAAUUUGGUCGAAAAAAACAGAGAGGCCCUUCAGAGGUUGAAAAAGACUGAUGAACCGGGGCCUGUUGGGAAUUAUGACCAGAGAAAAGAGGAUGAAGAUCGGAGACUGGUGCAGCUGUCUCACCAGUUGCAGAAUCUUGCGAAGACUUUAGCUCGUGGAGAAGUAGAUCUUAAACAAACAAGUGCAGAUGAAGAGGAAAGCGAGGAAGAGGAGGACGAAGAGGAUGAUGAAGAAGAAGAAGAGGAGGAGGAAGAGGAAGAAGAUGAAUUAGAUGUAACUGCAAAACAUUUUAUCACCCUUGGAGAUUUUCAGGCGCAGCAGAAAGAGGAUUUAACUUUUCAAAAAGGAGAAGUGCUGCAGAUUCUUGACAAAAAACCUGAUGGUUGGUGGGUGGCCCAAAACUCUAAGGGAGUUCAGGGUCUAGUACCCAAGACCUACUUGCAGAUGUACAAAGGGACUGAUCAUAGUCCAAGUCCUAGUGAAGAAGAAAGUGAAGAUGGGGAGGAAGAGUCAGCAGAAGAUAACACUGUCAACACGAAAAGGCCUGCAGAAGACACGGUAUCUCAAAUGAGCACUUCUAGGAAAACCCAAGAGAUAAGUGCUACAGAAGCAUUGGCUACAAUGGGCACCAUACCUACUGGGUUCCGAACAUCAACUCUAUCACCGCUUUUAGAAAAUGGAGAUCAGUAUAAAGCCGGUAGAUACCUUCAGCCUGAACUCACCUCGUCACAACUGGGCUUUAAGGAUCUGUUGUGGGACUCAGGGACAGGAGGGAUUCUGCCACUUCCCACUCGAGUCUCUGUGUCUUUGACAUUAUGGAGCUGUAAGAUGAUACCUCUCCCCGGGGCUAGCAUCCAGAUUCUGAGCAGACAUGUGCGACUCUGUCUAUUCGAUGGAAAUAAGGUUUUAAGCAACAUUCAAACUGUGAGGGCUACAUGGCUCCCCAAAAAUUCAAGAACAUGGACAUUUUCUCCAAGGGUCACAGGGAUACUUCCUAGCUUGCUGGACGGGGACUGUUUUGUAAGGUCUUGCAGUCAGUCCCCCGAAAUAGGAAUCCUCUUUGAAGUUGGCGUUACCUAUAUUCGCAAUUCAACAGGAGAGAGGGGAGAGUUAAGCUGUGGAUGGACUUUUUUAAAACUCUUUGAUGUGAAUGGAAUUCCAUUACCUACCAGGACGUACGAACUGACGUUAAAUGGUGGAACGCCGUAUGAACGAGGGGUAGAAGUUGAUCCAUCUAUAUCGAGACGAGCAACAAGUGGCGUCUUCCAUCAAAUGAUAACACAGAGAAGACAACCCCGGCUUCUUGUGAAGAUUAGAUCACUGAACAGAAUAAGGAGAGAAAUGUUAAAUCUGCUUCCAGAGACACUGGUCGGCAGCAUGUGUUAUGUUCCUUUGCUGGUGUACUACCGUCAAAUCCUUGGUGAUGUUCUUCUGAAAAGAACAAGUAUGCAGAGCACAGAUUUGAUUUGCAAUCCUGUGCUGGCAAUUCCAAGACUUUUGGAGCAGCCUGAUGUCAUGGACGCUUUAAGGAGUGGAUGGGCAGAAAAAGAGAAUUCUUUGAAGAGAUCAGAGAAGAGAGAUGUAGAAUUCAUGAAGAAUACAUUCAUCCAAGUGUACCAUGACACAGCUUACCCACUUCUGGAAUCAACAUUCCUUCCGGCACCCAGAUGGGCAGAGGAUGAGACAGAAGCCGCGCGCUGGAAGGCAAUUGCCGACUUCCUCAAACAAAACCGGGAGAAGGAAGGGGCCAUUCGUUUUCUGCUGUCGCCUGAUACUCCUCACAAGCCCUUCGAUAUAUCAGAGAUAACUUAUGAUUUUCUUGAAGCUGCAAGAACCUCUCUGGUCAUGUUGUAGCUUCAUGUAACCUGAAUUCACAUGAGUAUUUGGGAGACAUCUUCAAAUAGUAUGAAUGGUGUUGUGUAUAGACUUUUUUUUCAAACUGUACCAGCUGCCAUCAUAAUAACUGUGUGCAGAAUGCAAACUAUUAGGGUCAUUUAUCAAACUGGUGUAAAGUAGAACUGGUUUAGUUGCCCAUAGCAUCCAAUCAGAUUCCACCUUUCAUUUUUGACAGCUCCAUUGGAAAAUGAUUGGUUGCUAUGGGAAACUAAGCCAGUUCUACUUUACACCAGUUUGAUAAAUGACCCCAUAUGCACGGAAAUCACACUAGUGUCUGUGUAUGACUGGAUGUCUGGUUUACCUUUAGCGUAUAUGCCAGAAAAGCUCCCGACCCAAUCAUUACCUGAAGGCUGUGAUGGAUGCCUAACAUCGUCAUCUAUAGGCUAUAAUGGCCGCAAAACACGGACACCGGCAAUGUGCGUUCCGCAUUUUGCGGACCGCACAUCGCCGGCACUUAAUCGAAAAUGCCUAAUCUUGUCUGCCAUUGCGGACAAGAAUUGGACAUGUUCUAUUUUUUUCGGGAAUGGAAUUGCGGACCCGGAAGUGCGGGGCCGCAUCUCCGGAUCUGGGCAGCACAUCAUGUGACCCCAUAGAAAUGAAUCGGUCUUCAAUUCCGUUCCGCAAAAUGCGGAACAGAAUUGCGGACGUGUGAAUGAAGCCUAAGUGGGGCUAAUCUACGAGAAGACACACAACACAGGGCAA